AUGAAGUCUGCAGUAGCUCUCCUAGUCCUUGUGGCAGUUGCAUCGGCCUCCAGAACCGUACCAACAACAGAAGUUCAAGCUGGUAACUUAUUCCAAGUAACUCAACAUGUUCAAGACCAAUUCCACCACGCUCAACAAUUGGGCUACAAUGGAGCUCAGGUAGCCAAUUUCUUGUUGAAACAAGGCUACCCCAGAACUGUUGUCAACUAUUUGGUGCAACAAUAUGAAGCCGGUUUGGAUCAACCUUUCCUUCAAUCAUCCGAACAUUUGUUCCAACAACAAGGAGUUCAACAACAAGGGCAAGGAGUAAGUUACUUCAAUGUUCAAUACUCUCACGUACAACUUCAAAGAGUACUACAAUACGUUCAAACUGCAUUGAAAUUCUUCGUAAACCAACAAGUUUCAAACCAGUACGUUUUCCAACAAUUGCAACAAGUGGUUCAACACAUCCAACAAAUCCAAUCAGUACAAAGCUUGACUGAAUCUCAAGUUGCAGUAGUUUACCAAAUCUUGAACAACUUGCACCAGUUUGUUAUGCAACAAGGUGAACAAUUGCCCCAACUCUUUGUGCAACAAAUUGAAUCAGCUUAUCUUGCUGCCCAACAAGCUUACCAAAUCUUCAACCACCAAGAAUCCCAAGUUGUCAGCUCUUUGUACUACCAGCAAUUGCUUCAACAAAUCAGAAGCAUCCAACAAUACCUCCAUGCUCAAACCGUUACUCCUCAACUUGGCUUCAUUAGCUUACAAUUGAACCAAGCUUACCAAAUUUACUUCAACGCUCAAUUAAUGUCCCAAAAAGCUCACUUCAUGCAACCACUUAAUUUGAUUGUUGUACGUCAACUUAACAAAGCUUACCAAAGCUUGAACACUGCUUACUUGCUUGCCCAACAAAACGGAUUACCAAUCGUUGGACAAUUGCAAAACGCUUUGGCUGUAGCUCAAAGGCUUCAAUUGAACGGAUCCUCCCAAUACAAUGGUAUUAGCCAAUCUCAAGUUGGUGUUUCCCAAGCUCAUCAAUACGGCGUAGAAUUAGUACAUUACGUCGAACAACAAGUAGCCCAAGGUGUCUUGAGCCAAGUACAUGCCAGCUACAUUUUGCAACAAUUGCAACAAAUCCAAUACGCCGUCAGCCAAGCUCAAGUACAACAAUACUUGCAAAACGUUCACCAAUACGUCCAACAACAAAUAGAUAUUUCACCAGUUGUUGUACAACACAUCAGCCAACAAAUCCAAUUGGUUUUGCAAAGUAUGACUACUGGACAAUUCCAAGGGCAAAACUACGUGCAAACUUUGGUUCAAAGAUACUUCAACGGACCUCAACAAUACAGCGCUGUUCAACAAAGACAAUUCAACAACGGAGUUCAACAAGGACAAUUGAACAUCCCUCGCCAAUUCAACGUAGUUGAACAAGGACAAUUGAACACUCCUUACCAAUACAACGGAGUUCAAACACCUUACCAACACCAAUGGGGAUUCAACCAAGCUCAACAACAGCAAUGGUACACUCCUUCCCAAGGAAUGCUUCCAUUAGCUUACCAACACCAAUACAUGCCUUUCCAGCAUUCUACUGUUGCUUACUAAGUAGAUGGACUGUUCAAUGAUCACAAUGACUGUCAAAAACAACUACGGACAUAAAAAAAAUUUCAUUGUUAAUGUUGUUAUUUAUUGAUUUAAUUAAAAAAAAAAUUGUUUGAAUAUA